UAGCCCCGCCCGCCUCUAAGUUCCCGGGCACAGUGCGUGACCCAAGCUGUACUGCGUCCCCGCUUCUCACACACUCUGCCGCCAUGGGCUCCUGGGCCAAGACCAAGAGCUUCCUGGCGGCCGGCUUGCUGCAGAACCAAUUGGCCAUAGUCACCGGCGGGGGCACGGGCAUUGGAAAGGCCAUCGCCUCCGAACUCCUGCACCUGGGGUGUAAUGUGGUCAUUACAUCUCGUAACUUUGAUAGAUUACAGUCUGCUGCAGGUGAACUGAAGGCUGGCCUGCCUCCCACCAGCCAGGCUCAAGUCACUCUCAUGAAGUGCAACAUCCGUCAAGAGGAGGAGGUGAAUACCUUGAUCAAAUCUACCCUAGGUAUUUAUGGUAAGAUUGAUUUCUUGGUAAACAAUGGAGGAGGCCAGUUCUUUUCUCCUGCUGAACUUAUCAGUUCGAAGGGAUGGCAAGCUGUGAUUGAAACCAAUCUGACAGGCACUUUCUACAUGUGCAAAGCAGUUUACAACUCCUGGAUGAAAGAGCAUGGAGGAUCUGUUGUCAAUAUUGUUAUGGUUAUAAAAAAUGGAUUUCCAGGAGCUGUGCACAGUGGGGCUUCCAGAGCAGGUGUUUACAACCUUACCAAAACCUUAGCUUUGGAAUGGGCCAGCCGAGGAGUAAGGAUCAACUGUGUUGCCCCUGGAUCCAUUUAUUCCAAGACUGCUUUUGACAACUAUAGUUACUUGCCAAAAACUGCUUUGGAAGGGUACUUUCAGAAUAUCCCAGCUAAAAGACUGGGCGUUCCUGAAGAGGUUUCCCCCUUGGUAUGCUUCCUGCUUUCGCCUGCUGCUUCCUUUAUCACCGGCCAAUUGGUGGAGGUGGAUGGGGGCCAGUGUCUGUAUACUCACAUGUCUGAGAUACCAGAUCAUGACAACUGGCCAGAGGGACCAGGAGACCUUUCUGUUGUCAAAAGGAUGAAGGAGUCUUUUAAGCAGAAUGCCAACCUUUAAGCUAAGGAAACAAGAGGUGUCCUUUGUCCUCAAAUGCCUUAACAUCUCAAGGAUGCACUUUUGUACUUUACAGGAGCUUAUAAUUUGUAUGGAAAGUCACUUUCUGCUUUUAAUUGUAAUUAAUUAGGUCUAUGAAAAAACUAUUCCUGAAAGAAAUGCAUUUUAAAAUCCUAAACAAUGCCUUUUAACCUGUGAUUUAAACAAAAUUUUAGGAAUGGAAAUUAACAUACUUUAUCAUUAUACUUUUUUAUUUCUGAGAAGGUAUUUGAGAAGUGAAAUAAUUUCAAAUUAAUAGUAGAAGUAUCACAGUCUACCAGCAGGUUUUAAUAUUUAAUGUAAAGGUAAGCAAUAAAACCGAAUUGUGGCAUCAUUAUGAUUCUUACAACCAGAGUUACACAGUGACUUAUUUUUCAUGGCAAAUACUUUUAGAUCAAUAAAUUAUGAUAAUUAUUGCUGCGUGAUUUGUUUUGUUCAUGAAGUCAAAUUUGUAUAAAUGUUCAUAAUUCAAAAGAAAGUAAAGUUGGGUGUAGUGUUUUUUUUGCA